GCUCUCUUUGUGCUCUUCAUCCUGGCUUACAUCCACAUCGCCUUCUCCCGCUCGCCCAUUAACUGCCUGGAGCACGUGCGAGAUAAGUGGCCCCGGGAUGGCAUCUUGCGGGUGGAAAUACAGCGCAACUCAAGCCGAGCCCCCAUCUUCCUGCAAUUCUGUGGUGCUGAGAAGUUCCCAGGAAUGGUGGUUGAAUCCACAGCUGAGGAAGAGGAGGAGGAAGAGGAGGAAAUGACUGUGGACAUGUUUGAAAACAGCUCUAUCAAGUUCGAGCUGGAUAUUGAGCCCAAGGUGUUCCUCAAGCCGUCCCGGGUGAGCAGCACCGAGGCACUGACCCGUAACGAAAGCCAGGAGUUCUCGUUGAGUGAAGCAGCCACUAAAGUGUGGCCGCAGGAGGAGUACAUCGUGGAGUACUCGCUGGAGUACGGCUUUCUGCGCCUGUCGCAGAGCACUCGCCAGCGGCUCAGCAUCCCAGUGAUGGUGGUGACUCUGGAUCCUACCAGGGAUCAGUGCUUUGGGGACAGGUUCAGUCGCCUAUUGCUGGACGAGUUCCUGGGUUAUGAUGACAUCCUGAUGUCAAGUGUCAAAGCUUUAGCUGAAAAUGAAGAAAACAAAGGUUUCCUUCGCAAUGUGGUGUCUGGGGAGCACUAUCGCUUUGUCAGCAUGUGGAUGGCCAGGACUUCGUAUCUGGCAGCCUUCGUCAUCAUGGUCAUAUUUACUCUCUCCGUUUCCAUGCUGUUGCGCUACUCGCACCAUCAGAUAUUUGUCUUCAUUGUUGACCUGUUACAGAUGCUGGAAAUGAACAUGACAAUUGCGUUCCCUGCAGCUCCCCUGCUCACGGUCAUUCUGGCUCUAGUGGGUAUGGAGGCCAUUAUGUCAGAGUUCUUCAACGACACCACGACUGCGUUUUACAUCAUCCUUAUCGUGUGGCUGGCCGACCAGUACGAUGCCAUCUGCUGCCACACCAAUACGAGCAAGAGGCAUUGGCUCAGGUUCUUCUACCUGUACCACUUUGCCUUCUACGCUUACCACUACCGGUUCAACGGGCAGUACAGCAGCCUGGCGCUCGUCACCUCGUGGCUCUUCAUCCAGCAUUCGAUGAUUUACUUCUUCCAUCACUACGAGCUGCCAGCCAUUCUCCAGCAGAUCAGGAUCCAGGAGAUGCUGCUGCAGAACCAGCAGGUAGGCCAGGGGACGCAGACCACGCUCCAGGACAACCUCAACAACAACACCACAGCUGCCGUGCCCGCUGCACCCCUCGCCCCAGCGCGGGAGGAGGGCACCUCUGUCCCCAGCCCUUCCCUCCCCGAGCAGACUGAGGCCGUCGAGGGCUCGGACGGCCGAGCAAACCCUGGUGGCAAGAGCUGCCUUGCACAUGGCAGCACGGCGGAGACCCCUCCAGCCUUGGUGGGGGAUGCUGGUCAGGACGGACGCUCAGGGCGUGCUCUCGGGGACCGGGGGGAGAGCAGCCCUUGCCCGGCGCCGGCGGAUAGUGCCCCCAGCUCCAAACCUUGCUCGGAGCCGGACUCGAGGAGCCUGUCGUGA